AUCGGACUGGAGCUGUUCGCAACAACUAACACGGAGCAUCCCGUUGUUUACACUACGGACACUGCUCCAUAUACCUGCAAGGACAUCGCAACAGCAGCGCCCAAAUCAGUAAACUCGAUUGUAGCCCACGAUGUCAGAAUUCGCAUUCUGCAAGUCGUUUCUGAGCGCUCUCGACGCGCGCCCAAUUAAGCUCUCUUCAGACCACAUUGCAGAUGCGCGACAGUAUCCUGCGCAGGGCGCGUACACACUCCCCCGCCUCCCACACCCACCCCACCCACAACGCCCAAACCCCAAGUCUACAGACAGCGCCGAUGCCUCUACAUCUGCCUCGACCAUCACAGUGACGCUGAAGCCCAUGAAGCCUUCGACGCCUACAAUCCCUCUCUCCGCCAUCGACCCUUCCAAAACCUCCGUGUACGAUCUGAAGCAGCAGUAUGCGACGCAGGCCUCGUUAUCGGCAGCCAAGAUCAAGAUCUUAUACAAGAAGAAGCCUGUCACGGAUUCAAAGACUCUGAUAGAGGUAAUAGGUACUGAUGCUGGUGCCGAGGUUGAGUUUGGUGUCAUGGUGAUGGCAGGUGCUGCGGCAGCUUCAGGUAGCCCCGCGGCUGGAGGCACCCCGGUGACAAGCCCCCCUGCUGUUGCGCCGCCAACAGAGAGUGAGAAAGGCCUGGCUAGCGCGGGGGAGUCAUCUGCCGGGGCUUCCUCCGCAGUUGCAGGAGCUGUAAGUGGGAAGGAUAUCGUCGCUACCGACGAGUUCUGGGGAGAUCUGAAGACAUUCAUAUUACAACGGACCAAGGAUGCAGAAGAGGGUGAGAGACUAGUUGGUGUAUUCAAGGCCGCUUGGGAGCAAAACAAGUAAUUAGCAUCUCUGAACAGCUGGUUCACAUGCAACUGGAAGAAAUGAAGCAGAUGGCCAUGCCAUCACGUCACGUUAU